GCCAGGCUUAAGCUUUAGAAUCUCUGGCAGAGUGGCACCAAAAACAUUUUCAUCUUCCAAAUUUCCCAAAAAUAAAAAAUGAAAAUGGCGUCAAUCUCAACAUGUUUCUCUCUAACUCCAAAAUCUCGCCUUAUCCUCUUUACUUCAAAAUCUUCCCUUAAUUUAAAGCCUCCCGAUUCUUUUUCCAGAACUCAAACACUCGUUUUCCCCAGAAUUUCUUGGAAAAAUCCAAACCGUAGGGUUUUUGUUCCUGUUGUUCGAGCAAGCAUCGAUGUAAACGCUGGAGUGAGACCUGGAAGUGUUGUGGAGAGUGAUAAGCUGCCGUCUGAUGUUAGAAAGCGGGCCAUGGACGCCGUAGAUGCUUGUGGAAGAAGAGUCACCAUUGGUGACGUGGCCAGUAAAGCUGGGCUUACUUUGACUCAAGCUCAAAAGGCUCUCCAAGCUCUUGCCGCUGAUGCUGAUGGUUUCCUGGAGGUCUCGGAUGAAGGUGAUGUCUUGUAUGUUUUUCCAAAGGAUUAUCGUGCAAAACUUGCUGCCAAGUCAUUUAGGAUAAAAGUAGAACCUUUGGUUGAAAAGACAAAGGCCGGGGCUGAGUAUUUAAUAAGGGUUUCUUUUGGGACAGCUCUUAUAGCUUCAAUUGUUAUUGUUUAUACUACAAUAAUUGCUCUUCUUUCAAGUCGGAGUGAUGAAGACAAUCGUGGAAGGCGAAGCAGAUCAUACGAUACGGGAUUCACAUUUUACGUCAAUCCAUUCGACAUGUUUUGGUACUGGGAUCCAUAUUACUACAGAAGACGACGAGUACGUGCCGAUGAUGAUGACAACAAAAUGAACUUUGUUGAAUCUAUUUUCUCAUUUGUGUUUGGAGAUGGUGAUCCAAAUCAAGGAAUUGAAGAAGAAAGGUGGAAGUUGAUUGGACAGUAUAUAGCAUCUAAUGGUGGUGUUGUUACAGCUGAAGAACUUGCUCCAUAUCUUGAUGUACAAAGUGCAGGGGGCACCAUGAGCGAUGAAUCAUACAUCUUACCUGUCCUUCUACGAUUUGAUGGUCAGCCUGAAAUAGAUGAAGAGGGAAAUAUUUUGUAUCGCUUUCCAUCCUUACAGCGCACAGCUUCUUCUCAAAGAAGUGGAAGAAAGGAGUAUGUGGGGAGAAGAUGGACUGAUUGGGUUGGAGGGGUUCAGAAGGUUUUCAGGGAGAAAAAAUGGGAAUUCAGUAAAACUAAUGCGUCAGAGAGAGCAAUGGUUAUUGGUCUGGGUGGGUUGAAUUUGUUUGGAAUUAUUGUUCUCGGAGCCAUGUUAAAGGAUAUUGCUGUUACUCCUAGUGGGUUUAUUCAAUUCGUCAGGAGCAUUUUUCCUCUUCUUCAGAUAUAUGCUGGUUCUUUCUUUGCUAUUCCUCUGGUCCGGUGGUUCCUCAACCUCAAGAAGAAUGCUGAGAUAGAAAAGAGAAACCUUGCAAGGGAACGGUAUGCUAAAGCCCUUGAACUGCCAGAUGUUUCUCUGAAGCGCAAGCUCCUUAGUGCUCGGGAUAUGGCCCAGAAAACAGUUAUCGGACAGGAUCGCAUUGUUUAUAGUACUGAGAGGGACUUUGUUGAGCAAGACUAUGAGGCAAAAGAAUGGGAGAGGAGAUUCCGAGAAAUUGAACAGGCAGAUUGAGAAGUGACUAUAGUUGGGACUUCACUUGACUAAAUCCUUAUCUGAGAAAACCAGACCAUUAUUGCUUUCAGCAUCAGGCUCAUAACUUGAGACAACUUGACGGGUCACCUUAGCUACAAUCGGUCAACCUUCAAUAAUACGAGUGAAUAUUUACAGAAUACAACAGCAGGGAAGCAAUGGUGAUUUGUAAUGUAAAUUUGAUUGAAAGUAAUCUCAAUUUUUUUUUAUCGCUUGAAAUAGUUUCAAGUGCCGUAUAGCUCAUAUAUAUUACUAGGUAAUGUCCCAAUAUCUCCGAGCAGUAAAUCUAUUGAGGGUAGAUUGUUUCUGUAAUCGCCUUUUCAUCUGUGUAACGGGAUGGAUCC